AUGCCGAUAGCGCCGAAGAACCAUUUCUGGCUAGACACGAGGUUGGACAUGUUUGAGAACCAGCAUUCGUCUGGUGUGGGCGUCAUCGUUGCUGUCGCUGGUACGGAUGGGGAUGAAAACGCAGGGUGGGAUUCGCUGGAUGUUGGUGUAGCAUGCGUCAUCGUUAGCUUUAGAAAGAAGCUGGCACGCGUGAAACGCACUGUUUUCGAUUCCAACCUUUUCCUUGUCAUUGAAGACCGCAUUUUCGGGGUACUUGGCAUAUCCAUCGGCCUGCUUGAUGAAAGUCGGGGAAGACAGUACGCAUAG